CCCCCGCCCCUCGCUCUCGGGUGUGGGGCGGGCGGGCUCUGCGGCGGCGGCGGCUGCUGGUUCCUCGGGCCAUUUUGCUGAGGAGCGACGGGGAGGAGGAGCCGCCGAAGAGACCCCGGGCUUAGAGUGGCGAGCCGGAGGAGGCGGCGGCCGCGCGGGCACCGGACUUUCCUCGAUCGCGGGGAUCUCGAGGGGCGAAGGGAUCGCCCGGGAGGGGACCGGAGAGCCCGCGCCCGCCGCGCGGCGCGCCCCUUCCCGCCCCCUGCACCAUGAGCUGGGGCACCGAGCUCUGGGAUCAAUUUGACAACUUAGAAAAACACACACAGUGUGGAAUUGACAUUCUUGAGAAAUACAUCAAAUUUGUAAAGGAAAGGACAGAGAUUGAACUCAGCUAUGCAAAGCAACUCAGGAAUCUUUCGAAGAAAUACCAACCUAAAAAGAACUCGAAGGAGGAAGAAGAAUACAGGUAUACGGCGUGUAAAGCCUUCCUUUCUACCCUGAACGAAAUGAACGAUUACGCCGGGCAGCAUGAAGUUAUCUCGGAGAACAUGACCUCGCAGAUCAUUGUGGAGUUAGCACGCUACGUCCAGGAGCUGAAGCAGGAGAGAAAAUCGCACUUUCACGAUGGCCGUAAGGCACAGCAGCACAUAGAGACUUGCUGGAAGCAGCUCGAAUCAAGUAAAAGACGGUUUGAGCGGGAUUGCAAAGAGGCUGACCGAGCACAGCAGUACUUUGAGAAAAUGGAUGCAGACAUAAAUGUUACAAAAGCAGAUGUUGAGAAGGCACGGCAACAGGCUCAAAUGCGUCACCAAAUGGCAGAGGACAGCAAAGCAGAUUACUCGUCAUUUCUUCAGAAAUUCAACCACGAGCAGCAUGAAUAUUACCACACUCACCUUCCCAACAUCUUUCAGAAAAUACAAGAGAUGGAGGAGAGGAGGAUAGUGAGAGUUGGAGAGUCAAUGAAGACAUACGCCGAGGUUGAUCGGCAGGUGAUCCCAAUCAUUGGGAAAUGCUUGGAUGAGAUAGUAAAGGCGGCCAACUCAAUUGAUCAGAAAAAUGAUUCACAGCUGGUAAUAGAAGCUUAUAAGUCAGGGUUUGAGCCUCCCGGAGACGUGGAAUUUGAGGAUUACACUCAGCCAAUGAAGCGCACUGUCUCUGAUAACAGCCUUUCGAAUUCCAGAGGAGAAGGCAAACCAGAGCUCAAAUUUGGUGGCAAAUCCAAAGGAAAGUUAUGGCCGUUCAUCAAAAAAAAUAAGCUUAUGUCCCUUUUAACAUCCCCCCAUCAGCCUCCCCCUCCUCCCCCUGCCUCUGCCUCACCCUCUGCUGUUCCCAACGGCCCCCAGUCUCCCAAGCAGCAAAAGGAACCCCUCUCCCAUCGCUUCAACGAGUUCAUGACCUCCAAACCCAAAAUCCACUGCUUCAGGAGCCUAAAGCGUGGGGGUGCCACGCCAGAGGAUUUCAGCAACCUCCCACCUGAGCAGAGAAGGAAAAAGCUACAGCAGAAGGUGGAUGAAUUAAAUAAAGAGAUUCAAAAGGAGAUGGAUCAAAGAGAUGCCAUAACGAAAAUGAAAGACGUUUACCUAAAGAACCCUCAGAUGGGGGACCCGGCCAGUUUGGAUCACAAAUUAACAGAAGUCAGCCAAAAUAUAGAAAAACUGAGACUAGAGGCUCAGAAAUUUGAGGCGUGGCUGGCGGAGGUUGAAGGCCGGCUCCCAGCGCGCGGCGACCAGGCCCGCCGACAGAGCGGAAUGUACGACGCUCAGAACCCAGCGACCGUCAACAACUGCGCGCAGGACCGGGAGAGCAGCCCGGAUGGCAGUUACACGGAGGAGCAGAGUCAGGAGAGUGAGGUGAAGGUGCUGGCCGCGGACUUCGAUGACGAGUUCGAUGAUGAGGAGCCCCUCCCUGCCAUAGGGACUUGCAAAGCUCUCUACACCUUUGAAGGUCAGAAUGAAGGAACCAUUUCAGUAGUUGAAGGAGAAACACUGUAUGUCAUAGAGGAAGACAAAGGUGAUGGGUGGACCCGCAUUCGGAGAAAUGAAGAUGAAGAGGGUUAUGUCCCCACUUCGUACGUCGAGGUCUAUUUGGACAAAAAUGCCAAAGGUGCUAAGACUUAUAUUUAAUACAACUUAAAAAUUUUUUUUUUAAAAAUUGGAGUUGUUUCUCCCCACAACUGUGACUGUUACAGGCAGUUCUUCAGAAGCCUGGAUGGAGAACACGGCAGUGCAUGUCCAUACAGCCACACAGUGGACUCGUUCAUUUCCUUGGCUAGUUUUGCCUCUAAUCAAGUUUCACUUGCUGAUGGAGUUUUCUGUGGAAGGCUGCCAACUGCCAAUUUGCAAGUGUGUCAUUUGAAAUCUGAUAAACAUUUCUUCUUUUGGCAGCAUCUGUAGAUAACAAAACAAAGUUGCCUUCUAGCUUCUAAUCAAUAUUCCUGAAUUUACAAGUCCACUCACAUCAUAGGGGUACAGAAGACUUCAGUUCUCUCAUUUAUAUCUAGUACCUGCUAUAAAUUGAACUACCUUAGAAUGUUACAUUUUGUAACUUAAUAAAUUGAACGACGCUAGUUUGUUAAAUUUUAUAUUCAUUCACUUUGGAGGAAGUCAUAAAUAAAACCUCCCCUUCUUAAGUAAAGAAGUAAAUAAGAUUCUUUUAUUGGUACCGAAAGUGUGUAUUUUUACUUAAACGUGGUUAAGAUCAUUGUUAGAUAAUCAUGAUUAUCCUAUUAUGCCUGUGUGGUCCCAAACAGCCAACUGAAAUCUGGAAAAAUUUGGUCACUUACCCAGUUGAUUUUUACAUAUGACUAUUGACCUCGCCUCCACCAGUGGACAGAGUUGAUCAGAUGUGCUAACCAAGUACUUCAUUCUGUUCUGUUGGAGGUUUUGUGGCAAGUGUUCAGCUUGCACCUCCCCCGGUGGGGCUAUAAAUAGAACCUGGGACAGCAACAUCUGCUUCUACACACAGACCCUCUGCACAUCACUUUUCAAAG